GGAACUUCAAGAAGCUCCGCUCUGUACAAACGAAGUUCAAUACAGUAUAACAAGUUGUAACAGAAUCAGCGUCCUCACUACUCGAGAGCACAUCAAACCGUUUUGGGCAUGCUAGGCACUUGACUCGUGUAGACUGAAACGGGACGUUUCAAGGGAGGUGUUGGGUUUUGACAAGGGUUUCCUGCACGGAGCCAUUUAGGCUAAAUUCCAAUCCGCUUUGUCCCAGCCAAUUUCCAAUCUCCCAUGUCGCGAUUGCUUGUUGCAGCCGUGUUUGUUUGCCCCGCAUGGGCGGGGAAUGAUGGCAACGGAGCUCUCAGUGCAGCAACUGCAGCGAGUAUGGUCACCUUGCUUGUUGGCAUGGGCACCCUCGUUGCAGCAAACUUCUGGUUGAAGAAGAAGUCUUCUGCAGAGUUGCAGGCCAAGCCAGAGAAAGAAGAAACUUGCAAGCACGUGCGCACAGCUGCCGAUGCACCUAUGCCACCUGAUGAGGCCUUGAAGCUUUUGAAGGAAGGCAAUGCCCGCUUCAUCAAGGGUGAGCCGCAGGCAACCCGAACCAACAAAGCCAUGCGCAAGCAGCUGGUGGACAUGGGGCAGGCACCGCACACGGCCAUCAUAGGCUGCGCAGACUCCCGUGCUCCUUUGGAGACGAUCUUUGACACUAUGCCGGGAGACAUUUUCGUGCUGCGCAACGCAGGCAACACUUGUACUCACGCUGAGGGUUCCAUGGUGGGCAGCUUGGAAUUCUGCACGGGCAAAUUGGGUGCUCGCAUGAUUUUGGUCCUGGGCCACACCAAGUGCGGUGCUGUCUAUGGUGCCACAAAUGCCUACUUGGAGGCAAAGAAGAAGGAGGUUUCAAGUGUGAACUCAGCCCUUGAGGGCCUCUUGCUGGACUUGGCUCCAGUGGCAGAAAAGGCGGUGGCAGACAUGGGUGUGCAGAUUGACGCAGAAGAAGUGGCUGCGCAUGCAGUGGAGGUGAAUGUCUUCCACACUAUCAACUUCUUGCUGAAGUACAGCGCUCCCAUCCGUGAGAAGGUGAAGAGUGGGCAGGUUGAGAUUCAGGGUGGCAUCUACCACCUUGACAC